CCAGAAAGCAGAGACAAAAAGGAAACCGCACCUAAAUAAUAACGUUAAGACGUUAACACCCUUAACACCUAACUAUAACAAGAUGGCGCGCUAUUUCUAUUAAAUUUAUAAUAUAUACAUAUGUAUAUAUAAUUUAUAACUGUGCUGGACAAUUAAAUAUUUUAAAAAAAAAUAAUUGAAUAAAUGAAAAUAGGCAGUACGUUAUGUUAGUGCUUGUAUAAAAAAAUUAAAAAGUAAUAUCACAGAUUGUAAUUUAUUCAACUUUAUGUCUGUAUUGCUGUAUUGUUGUGUUGUUAACCUUAACUUAACAAAGCUAAGAUGGCGUCAACAGAGCAAAUAGGAUCCAACAAAACAUGGGAAUUAUCAUUAUACGAAUUACAUCGUAUAUCACAAGAUGCUAUUACUGAUAAUACUGAAAUAGCAGUUAGUCCAAGAAGUCUACAUAGUGAAUUAAUGUGCCCUAUUUGUUUGGAUAUGUUGAAAAAAACAAUGACAACAAAGGAAUGUUUACACCGAUUUUGCUCUGACUGUAUAAUUACAGCUUUACGAAGUGGCAAUAAGGAAUGUCCAACAUGUAGAAAAAAAUUAGUAUCUAAAAGAUCGUUAAGACCUGAUCCAAAUUUUGAUUUAUUGAUAUCAAAAAUUUAUCCAAGUCGUGAUGAGUAUGAGGCUCACCAGGAACGAGUGUUAGCUAAAUUAAAUAAGUCACAUUCUCAAGCAGCUUUAGUUAAUUCAAUAACCGAAGGUAUUAAAUUACAAAGCCAAAAUAGACCACAAAGAUCUAGAAGAGCAGCCAAUGAAUCAGAAAAUAGCAAUAAUGCAACAAAUUAUUCUACCAACAACAACAAUACUAGCGGCAAUAAUAAUAACAACAACAACAACAAUAAUAAUAAUAAUAAUAGUAAUAGUAUCAACAAUAACAACAACAAUAGUAAUAAUAAUAAUAACAAUAACAAUAACAAUAAUAGUAACAACAACACCAACAAUAAUAUGUCUUCGAAUGUAAGCGCACCCACUACUCCAAAUCCAGUUAACAAUAUUGUUACCAAUCAAAGUGACUCAUCUCAAGGUGCAACAGCAUUAAAUAAUAAUAAUAGUAAUAAUAAUAACAACAACAAUAACAAUAUUAGUAAUGCGGGUGGAACUAAUUCAAAUUCAAAUUCAAUGAAUAAUAUUUUACAAGCAGCAAAUAGUCCAGCAAUUUCUGGUACAACCUCAAGAAAUUCAACAACACCAUCCCCAAAUCCAGCUAAUCAAAUUCCUAAACCAGCAAAACGUCAAAAAAGUCUACAAAAUUCGGAAAAUGAUUCAUCAAGUGCCGAAGCUGAAACUGGUGGUGGUGAUUCAAUGGUUGAUACAGAGGGAGAAGGACCUACUGAGCCUUUAAUGCUCAAUGAAAUUGAAUUGGUAUUUAAACCACAUCCUAUUGAAAUGGCUGGUGAUAAUUCACUUAUUAAAGCACUUAAAGAAAAUAGUAUUCGCUAUAUUAAAACAACCGCUAACGCAACUGUUGAUCAUUUAAGUAAAUACUUGGCAAUGCGAUUGACAUUAGAUCUAGAUACAGAACUACCAGAAUCUGAUAGAUUAUUAAAUUUUUGCAUUUAUAUUGCACCUCAACCUGGCCAGUACAUAGUUCUAAGUGGCGCACAGACUUUACGCCAAGUUAAUGAUAAAUUUUGGAAAGUUAAUCGACCAUUAGAAAUGUAUUACUCUUGGAAAAAAACCUAGGGAAAACCUCGUCAACUAGUGUUGGACGCAAGCUAGUCAUUAAACGCGUCUCUUGAUAAAUUUAAACAAAGUUAAUUUAGAUUAUUACUUGUAACUUAAAAUUUAUCAAUCCAUUUUAUUCUAUUAAACAUUAAUUAUCAAUUAUUAUUAUUAAUUACAUUGGUUUAUUAAUUGUAAUUUAUUUUUUUAAGUUAUUGUAUUUUAUUAAAAAUAUAUCGUAGAUUUAAAUAUGUAUACUUGGACAAGAUUAAAGUCAUUAAUUCACAUACUAUUGGAAUAAUGAAUAUAUAUAUUUAUAUAUAUUAUUAAUUAAAUUUAGAAUAAAUAAAAAUAAGUAAACAUAUGUAAAUAUAUAUUACGAGCAA